AACAAAAUGGAUAAUAAUAAUAAUAAUGCCACAAUAACAUCAAACCAAGUUGGCACAACAAAUAAAACUAAAGAAAUUGAUAUGGAUUUAUUUACUAGAGUAACAAUAUUUGAUGAAGAUUAUGACGAUGAUGAAAUACUUAGUGAUGAUGAGGAUGAUAAUACUGGCAAUCAAACAAGCGAAAAGAGCAAAACUAGCAUAAUGAAACUAUGGUUCUAUGAUUAUUACAAGGAUUUGGGCUCAUAUAGAAAUCAAAGAGAAGAAAGACACCAAAACUUUUUAAUAGGGUUAAAAGAAGAUGAAGAUAACCAAAAUCUAACUCCAGAGGAACAAAAGAACAUAGAGUAUGAACAUUUUCAAAAAGAAUCGUCAUAUCUUAGAUUAAAAAGAAACCUAAUCCGAAAAGAAUUUCAACCACUUUAUAUAUCAUCAGUGGCACCAGCAUCAACGGUUAAUAAAUUUAAACAGGGUAGAUCACCAAAUAGGAGAAGUGGAACUUUUGCUGCCCAGGGCAGCUUAUCACCACCCUCUAAUAUUACUACAGCAGAUUUAACAAAAAAACAAAAUAGACAAAGUACGAAUUUAUCACCAAUACAACAACAAUUAUAUAACCAACUACAACAAGAUACCACACAAUCAACAACAUCGUCCAAUACAACAGCUUCAAACAAUAAUAAUAGUGAAUUUAAUGGUGGUACUGUUCAAUUUAAAACACCAAUGCAUAAAAGCGAAUUAACAUUUUCAACAUCACCAUUAUCAUCAUCAUCAGGUAAUGUUACACCACCAUCAACACCAAGCGAACCAAAUGAAGAGUUUGAUAGAAGUAAUUAUAGAAGAACCAAAUCGAUUUCUUCGAUUAUCAAAAAAAGAGAUGGUUCAAGUUCAAUUUCAACAGGAUCAGAAAGUGCAAACAGCAGCAGAAGUGGUACACGUGCAAGCAGUGGUAGUUUUAGUGGCGGCACCAUAAAUAGAGAGUUUCAAAAUUUUACACCAUUAAAGAAUCUUAGUGUUUCAAAAAAUAAAUCCUAUACCAUGAUGUUCAAAUUGGACCACAAAGCAAUUUUAGAGCAAACCGAAAAACUUUUAGAGGAAAAAGAAAAGGAUACAAGAAUGGCCGCAGAAAUUGGUCAAUCGUUAUUGGAAAAGAAUGAGGAUUUAGAGGAGGAAAUGAAGCUACUCAGACAGAGACUUCAAGAGCAGGAGUUAUUAAACGAUUCAUUAAAGCAAUUUACUCAACAAGUUGAAAAAUUAAAAUCAGAGAAUGCCUAUCUUUCUAGUCAAAUUUCUACCGCUAAAACCGAGAACGAAACACUUUUAAUGAAAGAAUUCGAAUUAACUACCGAACUGAAUGAUCAAAAUAGUCGUUUAAAAGACAGCCCAUGGAAAACUAAAACUAUUAAACAACAAAAAGAAGAAAUUGAAGAGCUCAAGCAAAUCGUUGAAUCUUUACAAGAAUCUCAAGGUAAAUUAAAAAAGAAUCGUGAUAGACUAUUAACUGCCAACGAAUCACUUCAAACCUCGGUCCACGAUUUGAAAUUUCAAUUGGAUGGUAAAAUUGAUGAAUCUGAAUUUGAAAAACUUCGUAAAAAGGUUAAAUCAUUGCGUCAACAAAAUAAGAAACUCCAAAUUCAAGUCGAACAAAGCCAAUUAGAUCUAUCACCCGAGUCAAGACUAAUCAAAAACCCAGAAAUUAUUUUAAAAUCUGCAUAUAACGAUUUAAUUAAAAAUGAACAAUUAAUUUCAUCAACUCCAAAAAUCACAAAUCUUCGUGUUUUAUCUGACGCCAAAAACCUUUUAAACCGUUUAGAAGCUGAAAUCAUAAAUUUCGAUGAUUGCUCUUUAAUUUCAACUUUAAUAAACUUUUUAGAUCAAGAUUCAAAUUUAAAUUUAAACUAUACAGGCUUACCAAAUCAAUUAUCACAAUCAAAUAACUUAUUAGAUUUAUUAAAGCAACAUCAAUCAAUAUCCUCUGAACCACAAGCAUCACCAAGUAAUGCAGUAUUAUCAGGCUUAAAUGAUUCAUUUGAAUCAAUUUCUUCAUCAACUAAUCAAGAUUCAAAAUCUGCUUUAUAUAUGGUAUGUACCUAA